UGGAAAAACUCUGAGGAAACUACAAUUUAAAAAAAAAAGUUUUGAUUUAUAUAACAUUGUUGGUCACUACACAAGUCCCAAAUUAUGUGUGUGUUAUUUCAUAAUUUUAGUGACUUUACUACAUAAAAUGUUAAAAAUGUAAUAAUAAAGAAUGGGCAGGUUCAUGCCUACACUUUUGAAUGGUAGUGGACGUUGUUUUUAUAUUUAACACUUCAAUAUUUACCGCACAAAUGUAUGAUUUCAGGAUGCAAUGUUUUGUUUUUAAUUUUCUACAGCCUAAGAAAUGUACAAACAAUUCUGUGAGGCGCCAUCUACAGGCAAUGUUGUGCAAGUGCAUGUACAUAUUUGCUCACAUACUAGUCUAUUAAUAUACAAAGCUCCACCGUGUGUCAGGUCAACAAUAUCUUGUGACAUGCAGCUUCGUUCCUAAAGGGACAUUAAGCCAUUUUAAUAACGGAAUUAUCAAAUAUGUUGAGCAUUGUCUGUUCCAGAUAUCAAACUAAUGUUUUAGGCACAUACAUUUUUGAGGGACAGUCUGAACAAAGAGGAGCUUAAAGGACUUCUAAAGGCCCACUGCUCUGGGACACUUCUAAACACUGCUGUACACUCGCCGGGAUGUCCCGGGACACCUUUGCCUUUACCUCUGCCUCUCUACGCUCCUUGAGGCUGGAGCAAGAGCUUCAGGACUGGGAAGAUGCCAGACGGGCACUGGCACACAGGAGGGCUAUGACCAGGCGCCCGCUGCCUAUAGCCCCCAGACUUCGGCAUGGAAACGAGAGGAUCCAGACAGUCCGUGCUCCUCCACCCCAAAUACAGUGCAGAGACCCAGCCAUCCAUGAGACCUUCAUGUGUGGAGAUAUGAAAAAAGUGUAUACUGUCCUCAAAGAACCAGGCAUGGUCAACGCAUUGAUGGAAACCGUUCAUGAGGAGAUGGUGUGGGCCCCAGAAAUGGGAAUGUGGACUCUUAUAUCAAAGGUUAAGCAGACAUCUGCACUGCGUCUGGCUGCCAGCAGAGGUCACUCUGGUUGUGUUGAGGAGCUGCUGUUUCGGGAAGCAGAGGUGGAUGAAGACACGGGUGGGCGUACAGCUUUACACGAUGCCUGCUCAGGUGGCCAUCAAGUCUGUGUGCGCCUUCUCCUGGACCACGGGGCUGACCCGGACCUGCUCACUGUUGAUGGCAAUGCCCCAUUGCACCUCUGCAAUGCAGCAGAAACAUAUGAGUGUGCUGAGCACUUGGUGACCAGUGGUGCGCUGGUGAACGUAUCCCAGCGAGAUUCAUGUCUCACCCCCCUUCAUGUGGCCUGCAGGAGAGGACUGGAGGCCCAUGUCGAGCUCUACCUGUCCUAUGGUGGUGAUGUAACAGCUCAGAGCCAAGAGGGUGAAACGCCCCUGAACGCAGCCUGCGCAGGGGCAGAGCGACCAGAAGAUGCGGGACGGUAUCUGCGUAUUGUCCAGAGGCUGUUAGCGGCCGGGGCCGAUGCGCAAACUGCAGGGAGAAAAAAGCACACUGCCCUGCAUAACGCCUGUGGAAACUGUUGCCCACGCAUAGUUAAACUGCUGCUGAAACAUGGGGCUCGUGCAGACGUAUCUAACUGUGCCGGAUACACACCUAUGGACUGCCUGCUGCAGGUAGUAGAGGAUUACCCAGGCCAGCAGCCGGAGAUUGUGGCUCAGUCUCUGCUCAACUAUGGAGCACAUCCCCCUUUUCCUAGAAUGCUGAAACUUUGCCUCCUCUCUCCUGCCACCCUGGAGGUAAUGCUGAACUGUUUUGAAGUCGUGCCAGCAUGUGAGGAGUGGUUACAGGACAUACCUGAGGAGCUACUCAAGGAACAUGAGUCUUUCUUCGAUGCUGUCAGGCAGAUGAGCGGUCAGCCGCGCUCUUUGCAGCACCUCUGCCGCUGUUCACUCCGCCGCCACCUGGGGUCACUGUGUCACUUUGCGAUAGACCAGCUCAACAUACCCAGUGCUUUGAAAGAUUAUUUGCUGCUGCGACAAAAUGAUGGGCAACUCCGUUGAAUGUUUUAGAGACAAAAUUGGUUGAGUACAGAGACAGCUGACUUUUAUUUUAUGAGCUAUAUGCCAUCCGUGAACACAAAUAGACAUUAAUUAAAAUGGUUUUAUACUUCACAUGACACCUCUUGACAGUACAGUAUUAUUUUAAUGUGAGAAUGUAUUGUGCAAAUAUAUUAAUUUUCGUCACCUGUUUUUAGGUGGAAGAAAAAUGCUUCUGCAAUAAAUUAGCGUCAACUUCUGCAUCUUUGAAACAUUGUGUGAGUGUUUUCCUGCACCAUCUGUUAAACUGCGGCACCACAGCAAGUAAAAUAUUUGUUGCUUGCCAUCUGAAUUGAAUGUAAUAAGUUAAAGUUGAAGUAUUUAACUUUUUCAGUGUUAAAAUACUUUCUUUUAUUCCAGCCAAAUAAGUUUAAGUACAAGUAAGCCAUUCAUAGGUUAAUUUUCUCAAAAGCUGUUAACACUGUGUUUCUGUGGCACUAUAUUAAAAAGAAAUGUAAAGUAAAUUUUUGGAAUUCUGUUCGCUGACGCUAGUGUUGCAGAAAUUACAUCACCUUUAAAAUAGCUUUGGGACAGUUCAAUUGCAUUGUCUUCACUGCCUGCUUGCAAAAACAAAUAUACUGAAAUUACCACAGAAGUACAGAGUGACCAAAUGAACAAGACAAAAAAAAUCAGGAUGUACUAGGGAACUCAUCAAGUCUGAUGCUUUGGCACUGUCUCUGCCAUCCAAAAGUGCAUUAAAUACAGUAAGCCUCAAAGACUCAAAUAACCAUAAAAUCAUCUUUUCCAUUACUUAUUUUCUGCAUUUCUAUCAUCUUCGGACAGUAAUAUUACAGGAUGCUCUACCCUAGUUCCUAGCAUUGCACCAUAGCUGUUGUAUUUGUAGUUUUCAUCUUUUAGUUGUUUGCCAUGUAGUGAUUUUUGAGAGCUCAUAUUAUACUUGAUAAGCUGUUCCCUGUCUGUCACUCACUCGACGUUGUCGAUGUAGUGACAAUCACCUUUGCUUUAUUCAGAAAAGGCCAAUGAAAAUUGGCAUGUGGAAUUUGCAUGCCUCUUUCCGCCCCAGACAUACGGUUAUAAAAGGAGAUGGCGUGCUCUACUCGUUCAGACUUGUUCUUUGGAGCCAUGCACACAUGUGUUCGUCCCUUCACUUGCUAUUUGCCACUGGAAUUACGGCAUGUAUCAGCGGUCACCCUCGCACAGUCGAGUGUUGUGCUUCCCCUGGGCGCUCUGGACACCCCACAGGUGUAAAAGAGUAUACAGUGAGGAAAAUAAGUAUUUGAAC